AUGAAGGUCGAUGAGCUCGUCGCCAUCUCUGCCUCCCUAGGAGGGGACUUCAAGUCCAUUGAGCCCCACCUCAUCCGUCUCGAGAAGCACCUUGUCCUACGAACUUACCUCGCCGGCUACAGCUUGAGCGAGCCCGACACCAAGAUUUGGCUUGCUAUCAAGACCAACCGUGCUGCCGUUUCCUUCGUCAAGAAGGGUUCUUACGCCAACUUGGCCAGAUGGUUUGCCUACAUUGAGCAGGUCCACCCCGAGAUCCAGGCCGAGGUCAGAGCUGCCGAUGACGCCCGCCUGGCCAAUGUCAAAGCCGCCAGCAAGGCCGGUGGAAGUUACAACCUCGCCCUCCAGGACGCCGACAAGGGCGUUGUGUGCAGAUUUUUACCCGAGCCCUCUGGUUACCUGCACAUUGGACACGCCAAGGCUGCCCUGCUGAGCGACUACUUUGCCCACCAAGCUUACAAGGGCAAGUUGCGUCUACGCCUGGAUGACACAAACCCCAGCAAGGAAAAGGAAGAGUUCCAAGAUGCCAUCAUUGAGGAUCUCGCCCUGAUGGGAAUCAAGCCCGACUUUGUCAGCUACACAUCCGACUAUUUUGACCACCUCUACGACACCUGCUUGGGCUUGAUCAAGAGUGGCAACGCCUACGCCGACGAUACCGAUGUCGAGACCAUGCGCGACGAGCGAGGAAAGGGAAUUGCCUCCAAGCGAAGAGACCGUACUGUCGAGGAGAACUUGAACAUCUUUGAAGAGAUGAAGAACGGCACCGAAGAGGGUCGCAAGAACUGCAUUCGUGCCAAGAUCUCCGUCGAUAACCCGAACAAGGCCAUGAGAGACCCGGUCAUCUACAGAUGCAAUGUCCAGGACCCUCACCACCGAACAGGCCGCAAGUGGAACAUGUAUCCCACUUACGAUCUUGCCUGCCCCGUCGUUGACAGCUUGGAGGGCGUCACGCACGCUCUUAGAUCUACCGAAUACACCGACCGUAACCCCCAGUUCCAAUGGUUCUUGGACACCCUCAAGUUGCGCCAGGUUCACAUGUGGGACUUUGCUCGCAUGAACUUCAUCCGCACAUUCCUAUCCAAGAGAAAGCUUGCCAAGCUGGUUGACGCUGGAAGGGUCUGGGGCUGGGACGACCCCCGUAUGCCUACUAUCCGUGGUGUGCGCAGGCGUGGUAUGACCAUUCCUGCUCUUCGGGACUUUAUCCUGAAGCAGGGCCCUUCGCGAAACGUUGUUGUAAUGGACUGGAUGGCUUUCUGGGCUGCCAACAAGAAGGAGAUUGACCCCAUCGCUCCUCGCCACACAGCCAUCACUGUCAAGGAUGCCGUGAAGGUCAAUAUCACUGGUGCCGAGGCGCCCGCCGAGCCCCACACUGAGGACAAGCCCAAGCACCCCAAGAACCCCGCCGUUGGAACCAAGAAGGUUGCUUUCAGCAAGGAGGUUCUCCUCGACCAAGCCGAUGUCAAGCUUUUCAAGAAGGACGAGGAGAUCACUCUGAUGCAGUGGGGUAACGCAUUCGUCCGCGAUAUUGCUGCCGGAGAGCCGAUCCCAUCCAUCACUUGCGAGCUGAACCUGAAGGGUGACGUUCGCUCGACAGACAAGAAGGUCACCUGGCUCUCGACCCAGGGCCAGGAGCUGGUCAAGGCUGAACUUUGGGAGUUUGACUACCUGAUCACAAAGGACAAGUUGGAGGAGGAAGAUGACCUGGAGAAGUUCCUGAACCCUACCACGGCCACCAUGGAGGAGGCAUGGUGUGAUGAGGGCGUCAAGAACCUCAAGAAGGACGACAUUAUCCAGCUCGAGAGACGUGGCUUCUACAGAGUAGACGAGGGAGUCGACGAGGGUAAGGAGAAGGGCAAGAUUAUCUUGUUCGCCAUCCCUACUGGCAAGAAAUAG